AUGGCCAGCUUUUCAGAUGGGUCCCCCUCUGUCAAGGUGAGCAUUGCCUCUAUGUGCCAAAACUUGGAGUACGCGGACAUCCCACUGCUUUCAGAGAUCAAGAAAGGCGAAGCUCUCGACUUCGCCGUCGUUGUGAUUGGCAGCAACGAUGUUUACACCGAAAGUGCCGAUGCGAUAGUUCACAACUUGAUGCGACUGCGCCGCCUUCUUGCUGCCCGGGAUGUCGAAGUCAUCUUGUGCACGUUGUACGUGAAUCUCGAAGACAGGACCUCGUGGCCCUACGCGGCCGAGGUUUGCGAUGAGGUGAACAGUCAGCUCCUACAGGAGGAUGGUAUCAUUGACACAGAUGGGCUUUUCAAGACGUUGACGCGCGAGAUGUGGGCCAACACCUACCACCUGACUACCGAAGGCUACCAUGAGUUUGGGCGGCGAUUGGCAGAGGUUGUUGCGGAGCGCUUCCGCUUCGAUGCCACCGUUCCUCUUACUCUGUCCCCGGGAUCCCUUUUCCUGCAGGGUCCGGGAGACUUUGUACAUAGAUUAUUGCAGGGAACCUAUGUCAAGGAGUCAGGCACCAACCACGGCAGGCCCAUCUACAAAAAGAUGGGUGCGAGGGGCACCACGAGAGUGUUCCUCUUCUACUGGGAUGCCAAUGAUGGACCCGAAUGGAACGGUUGGUGGCUUGGGCCCAGCCUCAGCUUUGACCACCCUGGCUGGGGCUUCCAUGCAAGCACCGGCAACGAGCCUCCGCUGGAGGGAUGGAAAGUUCCCCCAAGUGGGCCAGUGAGCAACUUGGACCUGAGACUUUGA